UAAGUGUUUGAGCAACCACUUAUCUCUUAGUAUUCCAUCUUAAGUAACAGAGGGAGGCAGAAUUUAAGUGAACAAUUUUAAGUGAAUAUAGCUUUGUAUCAAAUUAUUUUCAUAAUAACAUUGCCAACUUAAUUUCCAGCCUAAAAUAAUUAUCUAUUAAUCCCGUGUCGAUUUAAGCAUAUUGAAAUAUGUAUGAAGAAAAAUUGAUAGUCCCUCGUCCAACAAUAGUGGAUCGCCAAUUCACCAAGCCGUUACUGUGUGGUCCGGGACCAUGCGAUAUUUGGCCGUCUGUCGCUGAAGCUCUCUCAAAACCAGUUUUAUCACCACUGUGUGAUGAAUUAUUCGAUGUAAUGGAUGACAUCCGCGCUGGUUUACAAUAUCUUUUUCAAACUAAAAGCAAACUAGUACUUGCUAUUAGUGGUUCUGGACAUUCUGGGAUGGAAACGGUUAUAAGCAACAUAGUUGGUCCAAAUGAGACGAUUCUCAUAUGCUGCAGGGGUAUUUGGGAUGACAGAGCAUUGGAAAUGUCCAAAAGAUACGGUAUCAAAACAAAAGUACAUCGUAUUCUAUUUAAUAAUACUUUUAGCUUGACCCUUAUUGAAGGUAUAGUGAAGAUACUACGACCUAAAGCGUUAUUUAUCACUCAUGGUGAUUCUUCUACAGGAUCUGUGCAGAAACUAGAGGGCCUCGGAAAACUAUGUCACAAAUAUGGCGCACUGUUAUUAGUGGACACGGUAGUUUCCCUCGCAAGUGAGCCGUUCUUCAUGGACGAAUGGGGUGUAGACGGAGUUUACUCCUCGACCCAAAAAGGACUCAGUGGACCGGCGGGUAUAUCACCCAUUGCGUUCAGCGAGCGAGCACAAGAAGUCAUUAAAAAGAGGAACUUUAAACCACCGUUUUACUUCGACAUUGAAUUGUUAGCGGCACAAUGGAAUUGCUUUGGAAAUACAAGACAAUAUCACCACACUCUCUCUCCACCACUACUAUGGGCACUGCGAAGCUGUCUAAAGGAGGUAAUCAAUGAGACUCUGCCCAAAGUGUGGGCCCGCCAUGCUGAAACCACAGCUCACUUCCAUAAACGCAUUGAACAACUAUCUCUCGAGCUUCUAAUUCCCAAACCUGAAGACCGACUAGUGACUGUGACGACUGUGGUUUUACCAAAAGGUUAUGACUAUAUGGAGUUUGUAAAAUAUAUGAGAAAUAAACACAACAUCCUGAUAUUUCCUGGUCUAGGACCCACAGUUGGGAAGGCACUCCGCAUCGGUAUCAUGGGUGUUAAUUCUACUAUACAAGUUGCAGAUGCUAUAGCGGACGCCAUGGCAGAUACACUGAUUGCUCUCAAGAAAUCUUCACUGUAAAUUUUGUAUCUACUAUACAAAUUAUGGCAAUCUACUGAUGGUUCAAUCCGUGAUAAUCAAUAAUAAUCCAUAUACCCAUAAAUAAAAAUUAAUUGCCGAAUACGUAAACUCUUUAGAAAGGCUGCAUCUAUUGGGAUAUUCUUUUUUUUUUUUGUUGUAUUUGUAAUUACCAGGAUAAGAUUUGUAUGAAAAAGUUUGGGUUAAAAAAUCUUUAUAUAUAAACUGAAUGAAUAAGUGAGAGAGAAGUUUAGUUAGUUUUCUCAUUAGUACACCCGUGUGAAGACAAGGUGUGUAGCUAAUAAAUAUAAAAAUACCGCUGGGGUCAUUACACAGCGCCAUCUAGAUCUAAACUAAGCAGAGACUAGUUGUAGUACUGGGAGUACUAGUCAACUAAUAGAAGUAAGUAAAUGUAUUUCUUUGUAAAUAUGUAAUAUUUAUAAUAGUUAUUGUUCUGAAAUAAUAUUUCAAUUAAAUUAAUGAAAAUUUCUUUCCUGACAACGCGUGGUUAAUGAACUCAAGAAAAUUAAGAAUUCAUGUGAAUGUUUAUAUAUUUGUAUAACUUCUUACAUGUUGAUAAAUACUUUGAUAUUAUAAUAAUAUUGUUUU